AUGUCUGAAGUUGAGCAAAUCCUCUUAGUGAUCAAUCAGUGUAUGAUGUAUCGGAUCAAGCCCAUGACAUCACCGACUAUGAAAUACAAAGCCGCCGAGUGGACGCCCGAAGACUUUUUGUGGCAAGGGAAGUGUGUAGUAGUUGGACGUGGGGAGCAGUGUAUAGUCAAAUUUGUUGAUCCAAACACCGACGCCACUUUUGCGCAAUGUCCCGUUGGUCCAGGAGCUGUAGAGCCGGUGAUCGACUCCUCGCGCUAUUUUGUUGUUCGUAUAGUCGAUGAAGCUCAAGGCAGAAAAGCCUUUUUAGGUAUGGGCUUUGCUGAGCGUGGAGAAGCUUUUGACUUCUCCGUUGCACUUCAAGACUUCGAGAGAAGACUGACGGAGUCCAAAAAGAGAGCAGAGACUAAAGAUGAGCCCGUCGACACUUCCGCUUUCGAAUUGAAACCAGGACAAACUAUCACUUUGAACAUUAAAAGCACAGCACCAACCGGAAAAAAGGCCCCUGGUGGGUUAAUGCCACCACCUCCAGCAAGUAAACGACAAUUCGCCGCACCACCUUCAAAUAGUGCAAAUAAACAAGUCCAACAACAACCAAAACAACAAGCCCAACCUCAGCAAAAGAAAAACGAUAUCGACUCGUUGCUUUUCUUCUAA